GUUUUAGGUUAUCUUUCAGUUACUUGAGUUGAACAAUGGCAGCAAAAUACGUUAUUGGUUCAGUGGCGGCAUCAUUUGCAGUUGCAUAUAUUUUUGAUGUUGCUGUUGCAGACAAGAAGCUGUUCGGAGGUACUACUCCACAUACUGUUGCAAACAACGAAUGGUGGAAAGAGACGGACAAAAAGUUCCAAGCGUGGCCUCGCACUGCUGGUCCCCCGGUGGUCAUGAAUCCAAUCAGCCGCCAAAAUUACAUUGUCAAGUCUUGAACGAGGAUAUUCGCUUUCGCGCUUGAUUAAGACUCUUGGUCUUAGUUUCGAGUCGAGUAGUUGUAUGAUAGUUCGAUUGUAAUAAAUGUUUCUUUCAGUUUGUGCACCUAUGACUACUGUCUUUUAUCAAUGGAUCAACUAUAUGACCAAAUAAAUAAAAGUUGCUACUAAUGUCUAUGUUGA